CACAACCUUUCCUAACCCAAAGUGCCGUUGCGGCCUCACUCACUCACCCCGCUCCCCCCUCUCCACGCGCACCCACCCUGCCGGAGAAUUCAAACGGAAGCGCCACCAACGGGAGCAGCAGAGGCCUCCUCCUCCUCCUCCUCCUCGCGCGCGCACCGGCGGCGGCGGCGGGCGUCCUCGGAUCGAUCGCUGUCCCGAUCCUGGCGUCCCUUCCCACAACAACUUCUUGAGAAAGCUGGAUAAUUGCCAUUUUGCACAUCCUUCCUGGGUCCACUUCACAUUGAAGGCUUGACUGAAGGGCCUCUGUGGUUUUCCAUAGACCUCGAGGAUUUUACAAAAUGAGUGCAUCAAGGCCGCCAACGCCAAGCACCCCUGCGUCAAGGAUUCAACGCACACCAAUGGUUACCCCUGGUGGCAGCUCCAGGGCUCAGGAGGAGAAGAUCCUUGUCACCGUGAGGGUGCGACCAUUGAGCAAGAAGGAGUUGGCCAUGAAGGACCCCAAGGUGGCAUGGGAAUGCACUGACAGUCAGACAAUCUUAUACAAGGGUCCACCACAGGACCGGGCAGCACCCACCUCUUACACUUUUGAUAAGGUGUUUGGGCCAGCAUGCCAGACAGACUUGGUUUAUGAAGAUGGAGCUAAGGAUGUUGCUAUGUCUGCAUUGACAGGCAUUAAUGCCACGAUCUUUGCUUAUGGUCAGACAAGUAGUGGGAAAACAUUCACCAUGAGAGGUGUGACAGAGAGCGCUGUCCGUGACAUUUACAAACACAUCGAAAACAAUCCUGAAAGGGAAUUCAUUAUCAAGAUAUCUGCUAUGGAAAUAUACAAUGAGAAUGUGAAGGAUCUUCUACGACCCGACUCUGGGCCCCUUCGCUUGUUAGAUGAUCCUGAGAAAGGAACCAUCGUGGAGAAGUUGGAUGAAGAAAUUGCCAAGGAUAGCCAACAUCUAAGGCAUCUAAUAGGCAUUUGUGAAGAACAAAGACAGGUUGGGGAAACUGCACUAAACGACGCAAGUUCACGUUCCCACCAAAUCAUUAGGCUGACUGUGGAGAGUAGGCUGCGGGAAGCGUCAGGCUGUGUUAAAUCUUUUGUUGCUAACUUGAAUUUCGUUGACCUUGCUGGAAGCGAGCGUGCUGCACAAACACAUGCAAUUGGUGCAAGAUUGAAAGAAGGCGGCCAUAUUAAUCGCAGCCUGUUGACUUUGACUACUGUCAUCCGAAAGCUAAGCUCAGAGAAGAGAAGUGGUCACAUACCCUACCGGGAUUCAAAGCUCACCCGCAUUCUGCAACUUUCUUUGGGUGGGAAUGCAAGAACAGCCAUCAUCUGCACCAUGAGCCCAGCCCUAACACAUGCAGAACAAUCGAGGAAUACUUUAUUCUUUGCGACAUGUGCCAAGGAGGUCACAAAUACUGCAAAAGUUAACAUGGUUGUAUCUGAUAAGCAACUGGUUAAGCAUCUACAGACAGAAGUUGCUAGGCUAGAAGCAGAACUGAGGACCCCUGACCGUGCCUCCUCUUCUGAUAUCCUCGCCAGAAAGAUUAAGCAGAUGGAAAUGGAAAUGGAAGAGCUACGGAAGCAACGAGAUAGCGCACAAUUAGCACUUGAAGAAAUACAAAAGAGGACCGGUGAUAACCAGCCAGGUUGGAAUCCCUUUGACUCACCACAAAAGACCAGAAAGUGCCUCACAUUCUCUGAGCCAAGUAAUAAGAUUAAGUUAAGGAGCUCAGUUAGACAAUCAUCCACUGCUCCGUUCAUGUUAAAGCAUGAAAUUCGCAAGCUUGAGCAGCUACAACAACAACUUGAAGUUGAAGCGAACCGAGCAAUUGAUGUACUGCACAAGGAGGUUGAAUGCCACAAACAUGGGAACCAAGAUGCAGCAGAAACUAUUGCUAAACUUCAGGCAGAAAUCAGGGAGAUGCAAUCUGUUAGAUCUGAGAACAGAGAUGUUGAGAUGGUUACAGAUGAAGGAAAUGGGUCUGAUUUGAAAGAUGAAAUUACUAGACUUCAUCUGCAAGACAGUGACAUUGCCAAACUUGAGGCAAAACUAGAAAAUGUACAGAGAUCUAUUGACAAAUUGGUAAUGUCACUUCCAAAUGUUGAGACUACUCCAAAUUCCAAGAGAUCAAAGAAGAAGAAGAGGAUGCUUCUUCCACUGGGUGUAAGCAACAGACCAAAUCUGAUCAGAGCACCUUGCUCUCCCCACUCUUCUAGCAGGCCUUUGGAGUCCGAAGUUGAAAAUAGGGCUCCAGAGGGGGACAAGGUGUCCCACGAGGGUUCAGAAAAGGCUACUCCCACCAAGAGUGAAGACACUGGGGAUUUAUCAUCACGUGAUGAAACUCCACGCGGCAGGCGAUCCAGCUCAGUGAACAUGAAAAGAAUGCAGAAGAUGUUCCAAAAUGCUGCCGAAGAAAAUGUGAGAAGUAUUAGGGAUUAUGUCACUGAACUGAAGGAGAGAGUGGCGAAACUUCAGUACCAAAAACAGCUACUUGUCUGCCAGGUAUUGGAGCUGGAAUCUAAUGAAGGCAAACCAAAUGAGAUGGAUGAAGAUCAAGUGGAAAAUGCCGGAUCUCUGCAGGACGGUCCUGAAUCAUGGGAGAUAUUAUUUAAGGAGCAGAUGCAGCACAUCAUACAAUUGUGGGAUCUCUGUCAUGUAUCAAUCAUACACAGGACCCAGUUCUACCUGUUAUUCCGAGGGGAUAUGGCUGAUCAGAUAUACAUCGAGGUUGAAGUUAGAAGAUUGGCAUGGCUGCAGCAGCAUUUCGUUGAGGUCGGUGACGCAAGCCCUGCUGCACUUGGUGAUGACCCUGCAGUUUCUCUAGCCUCAAGUAUGAAGGCGUUAAGGAAUGAGCGAGAAUUUCUUGCGAGAAGGAUGGGCUCAAGGCUGACAGAAGAGGAGCGGGAGCGCCUCUUCAUCAAAUGGCAAGUCCCCCUCGAAGCGAAGCAGCGGAAGCUGCAGCUUGUGAACAAGCUCUGGGCAGAUCCCAACGACAAAGCGCACAUUGAGGAGAGCGCCGACAUAGUAGCUCGGCUGGUUGGCUUCUGUGAGGGUGGGAAUAUCAGCAAGGAGAUGUUUGAACUCAAUUUUGCGCUCCCUGCGAGUAGGAAGCCAUGGCUGAUGGGCUGGCAGCCAAUCUCGAACAUGAUCAAGGAGAAAACUCGCCAAUUGGUUUCUACUCCAUUACAGUGAGGAAAAAGGAGCUGAUAUUUCAUACUGGGGAUGGGAUUCGCCAAGGUGAACUGCAUUGAGCUUUUUCUGUGUUGGUCGAGGAAGUCUGUGGAAUUUGCUUGAGAUAUGUAGAUAGCUCAAAAUCUUUGUUGGUGAAGGAAGGCUGCGAAAUUUGCUUGAGAUAUGUAGAUAGCUCAAAAUUCUUUAGAAUGUUUAUGACUUGUUGUCAUCUACAUUCUGCAUGUAUUAAUUUUGUAAGAAUGUUCAUAACUUGUCAGUGAUCAUUGGAUGAAAAUAACUUGUCAGUGCUUAAAA